ACCCGCCGCGGCUCGCCCGCACAGCCCAGCCUCAGCGCGGGCCGCAGCCACCCUAGACGCGGGCCCCGGCCCUUGUAAGCGCCGAGCCCGCCCGGCGCGGAACCCAGGCGGGUCCAGGCUGGGCGCUUGUACGCACGGGCCGCCGCCGCCGCUGUGGUUCGAUACCCUCUAGCACCGGGGAGGACGCGCUGGACUCGCUCCUCAUCAGCCUCAGUGCUUGGUGUGCUCCCCAGUGCCGGAGCAUCCAGAAUCCUGUCAGCGCCGGAGCAUCCUGCUCAGGGCUCGGUGUUCUCUGCGCUCAGCAUCCUCCUCGGAGCUCAGCAUCCUCCUUCCGUUCCUCGGCAGCGCCCGGGCCCGGUCCCCACCCGCUCGCACCCCACCCGCGGGAAGGAGGCCUCGGGAAUGCAGGGGAGUGGCUGUGGGGGCGCGUCGCCGCUUGGCCAGCCCCUCUGCCCAAACACGGGCUGCUCCCCAUUGUAGAAGCUGCGCCGAGAGAAGGAGGACGGGAGUGCUGCUCCCUGCGCGGGGCUGCAGGAAAUCUCAGCGUGCUGAAGCCCGGGCAUCCUUUUAGGGUGGGGCGGGGAGGGCCCUGGCUUUUGGGGAGUGGACCUGGAGGAGGACUGGAGCAGGGAAAGGACUCUGUAGCGGACUCGGUGAGAGACUAUGGGGAAGGACCAGGAGCUGCUGGAAGCUGCUCGUACUGGCAAUGUGGCUCUGGUGGAGAAACUCCUAUCUGGUAGGAAAGGAGGAAUCCUGGGCGGUGGAUCCGGACCUCUGCCCCUGUCUAAUCUGCUAAGCAUCUGGCGAGGUCCCAAUGUGAACUGCACAGACAGUUCGGGUUACACCGCUUUACACCACGCAUCCUUAAAUGGACAUAAGGACAUAGUUCUCAAACUGCUUCAGUACGAGGCAUCCACCAACGUAGCAGACAACAAGGGUUACUUCCCCAUUCACCUGGCUGCCUGGAAAGGAGACGUGGAGAUUGUGAAGAUUCUCAUCCAUCAUGGGCCUUCCCAUUCCAGAGUCAAUGAACAGAACAAUGAGAACGAAACCGCCCUCCACUGUGCAGCGCAAUACGGACACUCGGAAGUAGUUGCGGUUCUUCUAGAGGAGCUCACGGACCCCACGAUUAGGAACAGCAAACUCGAAACACCGCUGGACUUGGCGGCACUCUACGGGCGACUGAGGGUGGUGAAGAUGAUCAUCAGUGCACACCCAAACUUAAUGAGCUGUAACACUCGGAAGCACACACCGCUCCACCUAGCAGCCCGCAAUGGUCACAAGGCCGUGGUCCAGGUGCUGCUGGAGGCGGGGAUGGACGUGAGCUGUCAAACAGAAAAGGGGAGUGCUCUUCACGAAGCGGCUUUGUUUGGGAAGGUGGAUGUGGUGCGAGUUCUGUUAGAAACAGGAAUUGAUGCCAACAUAAAGGACAGUUUAGGUAGAACUGUCUUAGACAUUCUGAAAGAGCACCCGUCCCAGAAGUCUCUCCAGAUUGCAACGCUCUUGCAAGACUAUUUGGAAGGUGCAGGAAGGUCAGGGGUCGUGGAAGAGCAUGCUCAGGAAGAUACAACACAAGAGACACACCUUUCAUCUCCUGCUGAGUCUCCUCAAAAGACUAAAAGUGAAACUGUCACUGGAGAACUAUCCAAACUCCUCGAUGAAAUAAAACUCUGUCAAGAAAAGGAUUAUUCCUUUGAAGAUUUGUGCCAUACAAUCUCAGACCACUACUUAGAUAAUUUGAGCAAGAUUUCAGAGGAAGAGCUUGGGAAAAAUGGAAGCCAGAGUGUAAGAACUUCAUCUACAAUAAAUUUGUCACCAGGAGAAGUAGAAGACGAAGAGGAGGAUCCAAACUCUUGUGGGCCCACAGGACUCUGGGAAGCGUUAACGCCUUGUAACGGAUGUAGGAACCUUGGCUUUCCCAUGCUUGCACAGGAGUCUUAUCCAAAGAAGAGGAAUUACCCCAUGGAAAUCGUACCAUCUGCUUCUCUGGACACAUUCUCUUCGGAAAACGAGAACUUCCUUUGUGAACUCGUGGACACAGCUGUUACAAAGAAACCCUGCUCCUUAGAAAUCGCAAGGGCACCUUCUCCUCGAAAUGAUAAUGGCUCUGAGGUAGCAAUUACUGCUCCAGGAACUAGUCACCAUAGAAACAGCUCUACAGGCCCAACACCUGACUGCUCACCUCCAUCCCCCGACACUGCCCUAAAAAAUAUUGUAAAAGUUAUCCGACCUCAGCCAAAACAACGAACAUCUAUUGUGUCUUCUCUGGAUUUCCAUCGAAUGAAUCAUAACCAAGAGUACUUUGAAAUCAGCACAUCUACAGGGUGUACCAGCUUUACAUCCAGCCCUCCAGUUAGCCCACCCACCUCUUCUGUGGAAACCACAGAAGUCAAGAACGAGGGAGCUGAACACACAGAUGUCCUCUCUCAGCAGGAAGAUGAUGAACCCCCAAAAGAGUAUGAUGCUGGGCAAUUCGCAGGCCUUCUCCAUGGAUCCUCUCCAGCCUGUGAGUCUCCUGAAAAUCCGUUUCAUCUGUAUGGGAAAAGAAAUCAAUGUGAAGAUGGACAAGAUGAAGCCAAUUUGGCAAACAGUCCUUUGCCUUUCAAACAGACUCCAAUAGAAAACAACCCAGAGCCUUCGGUGAAGAAAAUUAAACCCAAAGUGGUCAGUAGAACAAUUUUCCACAAAAGAAGCCACCAACUUGAGAACCAUACCAUCGUUGGCACAAGAAUGUCUAGGAGUGGAUCCCGCAAUGGCGAAUGGGGUGUGAAUACAGGGGGCUUUGUGGAGAGAGCGUGUACUCUAGGGAGAAUAAGGUCAUUGCCUAAAGCCCUGAUCGACAUGCAUUUAUCCAAAAAUGUCUCCAAGUCUGAUUCUGAUCUUAUUGCCUACCCUUCCAAGGACAAAGCGAGAGUUAACUGGAGCAAGUCAUCAACUGCGGAGCACAGUUCCAAAGAUAAUUCUGAAAGAACACCUUCCUUCACAUCUGAAUGGGAAGAAAUCGACAAAAUAAUGAAUUCGAUUGACGUUGGAAUCAACAGGGAACUUGAAGGGAUGAACGGACCCAGAUGCCCUGUCCAAACAGUGGGACAAUGGCUGGAAAGCAUUGGGCUACCUCAGUACGAGAACCACCUGAUGGCUAAUGGAUUUGACAAUGUACAGUUUAUGGGAAGCAAUGUUAUGGAAGAUCAGGAUUUGUUGGAAAUUGGAAUCCUUAACUCUGGUCACAGACAGAGAAUUCUACAGGCGAUCCAGCUCCUUCCAAAGAUGAGGCCCAUUGGCCAUGAUGGCUACCAUCCCACCUCUGUAGCUGAGUGGCUGGACUCCAUUGAGCUGGGUGACUACACCAAAGCCUUCCUCAUCAAUGGCUACACGUCGAUGGACCUGUUGAAAAAGAUCUGGGAGCUUGAACUAAUUAAUGUUUUAAAAAUCAGUUUGAUUGGCCACAGGAAACGCAUCUUGGCAUCCCUGGGAGAUAGACUGCACGACGACCCUCCACAGAAGCCCCCUCGGUCCAUCACCCUUAGGGAACCCAGUGGUAAUCACACUCCUCCUCAGUUGUCUCCAUCACUUAGCCAAAGCACUUACACCACUGGUGGCUCCCUAGACGUUCCUCACAUUAUCAUGCAGGGCGAUGCAAGGAGGAGAAGAAAUGAAAACUACUUUGAUGAUAUUCCCCGAUCAAAGCUGGAGAGGCAGAUGGCUCAGACAGGGGACUGGGGAGAACCUUCCAUCACCUUGCGACCUCCUAAUGAAGCCACAGCCUCAACUCCUGUCCAGUACUGGCAGCAUCACCCAGAAAAACUCAUCUUCCAGUCAUGUGACUACAAAGCCUUUUAUUUAGGUUCUAUGCUGAUAAAAGAGCUGAGGGGAACAGAAUCAACACAGGAUGCUUGUGCAAAGAUGAGGGCUAACUGUCAGAAGUCUACAGAGCAAAUGAAGAAAGUCCCUACUAUCAUUCUUUCCGUCUCAUAUAAAGGAGUCAAAUUUAUCGAUGCAGCAAAUAAGAACAUAAUCGCCGAGCAUGAAAUUCGUAAUAUCUCCUGUGCUGCCCAGGACCCAGAAGACCUCUCAACAUUUGCUUAUAUCACAAAAGAUUUGAAGUCCAACCACCACUACUGUCAUGUGUUUACUGCCUUUGAUGUGAAUUUAGCCUAUGAAAUCAUCCUAACGCUGGGACAGGCAUUUGAGGUCGCUUACCAGCUAGCUCUACAAGCAAGAAAAGGGGGCCAUUCCUCCACGCUUCCAGAAAGCUUUGAGAACAAGCCCUCGAAACCCAUCCCAAAGCCCCGAGUUAGCAUUCGAAAGUCAGUGGCUCCGCAGACAUCCUGUCCCAACAGGCUGGUAUGACUUCAAAGCGGCCGCCUCUGGUAGUAGCUACACCCCAAAGCUGGAAGGCUCCCAGCCAGCUUCCCAUCUGCUCUCUGUUCCAGCUACCAUCCUGCAUCCUAGAAUCUCUGGGAUUGGCACCGGGCAGGCCCCCAGAAUGCGUUGCCCCCUCACCCCGCAAUCUUUCCAUCUGCUGCAUUCUCCUCCUCCUCCCACCAUCAGCUCUCAGCCUCUCCGUGUCAUGAGGAAAUAGACAUUUUUAACCUCCAAAGAGAGGUUCCUUCCUUGGGAUGAUGUGGCUUCUCUGGAUUACACCUCUGGGGUCCCUCUCCUGUCUCUGCUCUUGGUAACCUCAGCACCCAUGGGAUGAUCCCUCAGCAUCUGGCCUCUUCAAGUCCCUGACCAUUGUCCUCCUGCAUCCCAGAAGGCCUCCGCUGAUUGGUCAUUCAUUACCAGCGGCUGCUUCACCUCUCAAAACCCACAGUACACUCCUACCCCAGACCCUCCUGCCUCAGUACCUCCCCAGCCCACCCACCCCCCCGCUCCCUAUGCCCAGUCGUUGACACAUCCCAGAACCCUAGAAAUGUCUAUCCAGUUUGUUUCUAAGCAUCUCUGCCUUCAGGUUUAGCCAAUGCAGAUCCUUGCUUCUCCACCCCCAUCCCCAGCCCAGCAAAUGACACAACACUUCACCGUGCUGCUUGUCGGCAAAGUUCCUAGGGCAUCUCGAUUGCUGUUAUACCCAUACCUCCACAUCCAGCCCAUGAACAGACACCAAUCUUUGCUCCCCUCAAACACACCUCCAGUCUGCCUACCCUUCUCUACUUCUUCCAUCACCCCUCUAAUCCAAGCCCAGUGCACACCCCUCUCAGUGACUCCCUUUCUUCACAUACCAAAAAAACAUGGCACCCUAAAAAAUCCCAAACCUAAUCUGCCAUCACACUCGGUCAUGCCCAGGCCCUCCAUUCCUUGCGUAUGUACUGCUCAGUCCCACUGGAGUCUUUUUCACCUCCUCUGAUGCCCGAAUUCUGCAUGACUCCGUGGUAUUAUUCAGGUUUUAGCUGCAUGAAGGUCUUCCAAACCAGGGUAGAUGCCUGGUCACAUUGUAGCCCCUCUUCAUUCUGUGUAGUAUUGAUUGAGCUUAUUUCUGCCUCUCUUCCUGCACAAAAAUAUCUGCACCCAUGAAGUACACUGACAUGCUGUCACCCCAGGGCCACAGCAGCACUCACCACAAACCUGCGGUUAAAGACAUGAGGUGGUUUGGGUGGACCUAACGAAUAUGUCUUUGAGUAUGAUUAUUAGGCUUCUGAGUGUCCAGGAAUGCACAGCAUGUUUGUGGGGAUUGUCACUUAAGCUGCUGUAUUCCUUCUCGUGUGGGCUGAAUAAGUCUGUUCACGGCGCGCACCUCCUUCCAGCUUUACUGCGGUCCUCAUAGACAGACUCCUUCCAGAGGAGUACAAAGGCUUUGUUGCCAUAAGGGCUCAUAGAAUAUUCAUCUAGACGCCCUCUCUGGGAACUAGGAGAGUACACAGUCUACCUGACUCCGGAUGCAGGCCCUCACCAGGCUUCAGAAUUCCCUUUUCCUCAGCUCUGGUUGUUUACUGUUAGGAAACACACAGUGCUCUUUCUAAAAGCCCUUCCCUCGGUCCUACGAAGACACUGUGGAAAACGUGACAGAAGGCAACCCAAUAGGCAAACAUAGGCUCAGGCCCUGAAGCCUCCAGCAGGCAAAAAAAAAAAAAAAAAAAGGCUGGUAGAGGAAGACUGAGCAGGCUUUCCAGAAACUCCUCGGCCCAAUUCACAGAGCCAAGUAGAUGAUGGCCAAAGGAUGAGCAAGCCAUUGGGGAAAGAGCUUAACUGAGGCCCGUCAGAGCUCAGACCUUUGCCACUGCCCAGGGAAUGACAUGCUUGGCUUUAUAUAAAGCCCAAGGACAUCUAAACCCAGGACAGAGUCUGCCAAGGCCCAGCCUGACAGGCCGUUGCUGACCUCUCCCCUUCCUCUGGCUCCGGUACGUCCCUCUCUGCCACUUUCCCCUCCCCCUGAGAUCUGUCCCUGCUUUCUGUCCACCUCAGUACCUUUCUUAUCCAGGCUGAGCACUCAUUGUCUGACCAGCAUUUAUUGACUGUACAAUUAUUUAUUGUAUGCCUGCUUUGCAUUGGGCCGCCAAGAGUUUUCCCAGGUUUGAAUAGCAAUAAAGUUUACAAAACCCCA